GAGCUCACCUGGGGGUUUGUGAAGUAAGCCCUGGAGCACAGCAUGAGGUAGGGCUGAUUUGCAGUGUGAGGUGCACCAGGUGGAUUGUCUCUGCCUGUACGCAUCUGGAGGUACUGGAGAUGUUUUCACAGACUGGAGCUAGGGAGAGUUCCGCAAAGGUAGAGGAGAUCACUUUGUAACUGCAAAUCUUAGGAAAUGUGGUGGAUGAUUGCAGAAGAUGGUGAAUGGGUGUGCUGGGUGUGUUUGUUGAUAUGUACUCUGGGAUAUUCUCUGUGUUCUAGUCAAGGUGCUGCCACCGGCAAAUGUGUCAGUGGAACUGACGAAAAACCAAGAGUAUGAACUGAGGUGGAAAAAACACACUUUACGGUAUGGUUUCAUAAAACAGCAGUACCAAGUCCAGUUCUGGAAGCACAACCAAUAUGAAAAGACCGUGAAGACAAUAAACAUUACCAAUGAUGAACCUCCCUUCAUCUUCACUGAUCAGAUGUUGUCAGCGUCUACAAAAUACAGGGGAAGAAUGCGUGCAAUGGUGAAUAAUCAGGAUUAUCAGGGAUACUGGAGUGAAUGGAGUGAGGAGUUCAUCUGGGAAACUGAGAAUGUUCUUUCACCAGUGGUUCUCCCAUUGAUGCUCCCAGUUCUCAUCAUCACUUUGCUCGUUGUUGCUUAUUGCAGCUUUAAGUAUUUACUCAGGCAGAAGAAGCUGUGGGAGGAAAAGAUUCCAAACCCCAGCAAGAGUCUGCUGAUCCAGAGCUACUUGAAGAAAGUUCCUCUAGGAAACAGGCAUGCAAGCAGUCAGCUGGACUUCAACAAAUGCAGCCUUGUGGAGAAUGUGGAUCAGCCUAGCUUCCUUCAAGUUGUGGACAGGCAGACGAAGAUUUUGGCAGAGUCCCCUGAAGCGCAGACUGAAAGGACAGAGGUUUCUUCUCCUGCAUUGGACCUACAGAACCCAUACCAUGCUUUAAAUAUGCCAGAGCAUGCCCCAGUUGUCUGCCCAAGUCAGAUUCCUGGCUAUUCAUAUUCUGUUUCAAGGACAAACUGUGCUGAUGCAAAUAUAACUUCUGAGACAGCAAUCACUUGCUUUGCUUUCAAUGGCCCAUACUUGUACAGCCCAGUGAUGUCUUCUCUGCCUGAGGUGCAUCAGACCCUGGACGUGAGCUUGAAUCCAAUGGGAAAAGAGGAGAAAGCAGUGUCCCUGCAGUAUGUGACCCUUCCAGACAAAGCCAGUCCCCAGGCUGCACGGAGGCAAGAGCAGCCGGGAGCAGGUCCUUUGCAGCCCUUCCUGCUCCCAGAGCAGAAGGAAGCGAUGCAGUACCUCAACAAGAAGGAAGUUUCACCACUUCCCACCAGCUGUGGGAAAAGCACAGAUGUGAGAACAGAAGAGCAGAAAUCUCCAGAGGCUCCUAGCUGUCCGGCAUUCCUUCAGCAGUGGCCUUUGGAGUACAUCACCACAGACAGCCUGUUACUGCCAUCAGCCAGCAGCACCACACACCUGCCACUUGCCACUGCUGGGGGGAAACGCUGUGAUGCACAGGAGACCCAGCCCUCCAGUGACUGCUCUUGCCAUGAGGUUUCUCCUGGGAAAUUUGUUGUCAUGCUCCCGCCUUCAGGCCAAACAUCAGCCUCUCCUGAAAUGCACCUGGAUGCAUUUGGAGACUACCUUGAUGUCCGUUCAGGUCACCAUGGACCUUCAGAAUUCUCAAAGAUUUCUUUGCCCUUUCAGCAGAAGGGAAGCAUUCUUCCUAAAGAGCAGCCAUUGUCCGAGGGUAAUCUGGUGGUGUUAAAUCCUGACAGCACUGAGCCGGUUUUCCUUUGCCAAGUUGGUGACUAUUGCUUCCACAGCCUGAAAUCUGGUGAGAAGAUGUGUAUGAGCCAGGAAUACUCCCAAAUCAAGAAACCUUCUGAAGGCAGGACAGUACCUGGGAAACCUGUACCAGAUGACGAAUCCAUCACUUGCAAGGAAGGAGAUGUAUCAAAAAUGCAGGCCAUUCAGCUUUUCAAAAGCCUGAAAUCAGAUGAUUACUUCUCCUGGCAGCAAUCUUUGAGGAUCACAGAAAUCUGCUAAAGUAGCAAAUAUCAAUGAAAAGCAAGGCUAAGAGUAGCUGAAAGAGGUGGCAGCUAUCUGAUAUAAUAAAUGAACUCAGCAAAUAAACAUGUUGAAAGCCAUGCCAAUCAAUAGCUUGAUCUCAUCCUCAAUUUCCUUUGCAAUUUUGUCACGAAAGACCAUCCAAAUAUCAUCACUGUGAGAUAGCUCUUGUUUUCUUAGAUUCUUGUAUAAUUUACAAAGUACACUUUAGCCUUCUUAUGGUCCUGCACUGGUUGCAAUCAUUUUACCAUAGCUCCAGACUGCCUGGAGCAAAACCUGUUGGAAGAAAUGCUGACUUGAAUUUGUGAAAUGAUAUCAGGUUGAAAGUCGUUUGGAGACCUUUGUUAUAUAAGAUUGUUUCAAGUAAUUUUAUUAUCUUUUGUGUGUGUGUGAAAUAGAUCAAAGACUCAUCAAGGACCUUUAAUUAUUUCUACCUUUUCUCUACUAGCAUAGGUUAGGUAUCAUCUCAGAUGAAAAAUCACCAGACAGUUAUAGAAGCAUAAAUUGAAAAUGAGAAAAAAUGGCCAAAGUCCAGGAAAACUUUCUUAAUUUAAGAUGCAUUGUAUCACGAUGUGUUCUAAGGAUAAGAAGAAAACAUUACUGAGAUACAUGAAAUAGGCUCUAGAGAACUAUAGGGAAGAUAUAUUACUAGAGGCAAACCCAAGGACUUAUUCAGUACAGCGAGAGAAAGGGAAAGGGGCAAUAACAGAGAAUGACGAGAGAAAAGCUGUGAAGGUGCAGAAGUCUGUGUUUGGUGGGGCUUUUCUAUUUCUCAUUGUGUGAUUUUCUUUUAAGUUCAUUGGCUGUUUAAGCACGACAUAAUUCAUCUUAACCAUGUGAUGUGUUCUUUUCUUUUUUUGUUCUUCAUAAGCUGUAUUGAAAAAGGAAUCACUUUUUUACUUAUUCUGCUUCUGUAAAUGAAGUGUUGCAAGAUAGGUGCACAGAACUGCCACUCUGUGAUCAGUGAAAGGCUUUAGUUUUAGAUCUGAAGAGGGGCUUGCCAUUCCAAAUAUACACAUAUAAUUUUAUCUAAUAAAAUAUAUUAUUUCUUCUUACAAAUCUCUUCUUUCAUAUGUUAAGAAUGUUGCACUUAAAACAACAUUACUAUUAGUUCUUUUCAAUAGACAUUAAAAGAUUCUGUAAGCUCAGAAUUGUCACCUGUAAGUUGACCUUGCCAUAUUAUUUGACAGACCUAAUGAGAAGGAGUUCUGUGUUUGUGCCUGCUGAUUCCUCCUGCUGGUUUAAUGGGACAAUGCUGAUUCAGAAAUUGAAGAGAAAUGCACUAUUUUUCCGCAGUUUAAUUGCUUACUAAUUUAAAUCUGAAAGGAGGCCAAAUUCAAUUUGACAUUCUUAAUGAGAAUAGGCAUACAGUUGCAGCCACUAAUAGAGAAUAUUGAGGAACACCUUAAAUGAUUUUCAGUUUUUUUAGUCCCUUUGGCCUUUUAUGCGUAAGAAAGCUAAUUUCUUCUAGGCUGUAUGGUUGUGCUUUAUCAGGCUGGUACAAAAAGGAGAUGUUCAAAUUCAUAUGCAAAUCAGGUAUCUGGAUUCAGAUCUCCGAUAUGCAUCAUCUUGGAAUCAAAGCGUCCAUAGACUUUGUUUUUGUCUUACAUUCCUUCCUGAAGUAAGCAUCUCAAUUAAUAGCGUAGACCACUUUUACAACUCUCUGACUCAAACUUCAAAGAUUCUGCCUGUGCUUUGACAGAAAUUUUCUCUUUCUUACUCUCAGAUAAUAACUUUAUUAUUGCUUUGUAAGAAU